GUUCCUAUCUCGCUAGUGAACUGAUGGCAGUGCAAGACUCGGACUCGGGCUGACAGAGCGGAGCGUCCGAAUGACGAAGAUCGUGUCGAUCCCGCUUUUCCAAACAAAUUUACUCUAUAAAAGAUCCCAAGCACCACUGUUCCUCCUCUCUCCCAACCUUCACUAUCACCCGCUAGGUAGAUCAACACCCGAACACCACAGACUCUUACCUUGAAGCCUUCGCACCAUGACCAAGAGCAUCCUUUUCGUGUUCACUUCGUGCAAUAAGACUCUUACCGGAAACGAAACCGGAUGGUACCUUCCCGAAGCUGCCCAUCCAUACUACACUCUCGCUCCUGAUUUCGAGAUCGAUUUCGCGGCUCCAAAAGGCCCAAAUCCCCCUGUCGAUGCUGUCUCUGUUCAGAUGUUCAAAGAUGACGAGAGCCAGAAGUUCCUCACCGAUCCGAAAGUGCAGUCGCUUUUUGCAAACGCGAAGGCUCUCAAGGAUGUGAACUACGAGAACUAUGCCGCGAUCUUCUACGUUGGCGGCCAUGGUCCCGUCAUUGAUCUUGCUUCUGAUCCAGUCAACAUCGAGCUUGCCUCCAAGUUCUACCAAUCUGGCAAGAUCGUAUCCGCCGUUUGCCAUGGACCCGCAGCACUUGUCGGUGUCAAGGGUACUGAUGGCAAGAAUAUCUUCGCUGGAAAGAAAGCCACUGCUUUCACCCGCGCCGAGGAGGAGCAGGUCGGGAAGGUCAAGGAUAUCCCCUUCGUCCCAGAAGAUAAGAUGGUAGAACUUGGUGCGGUCUUUGAGAAGGCCAGCGAACCCUGGGGUGUCAAAGUUUCCGUUGACGGUACCCUUCUCACUGGGCAGAACCCGGCUUCUGCGAAGCCCCUGGGCGAGCUCAUCGCUCAGACCUUGAAAUCGCAAGCUUAAACUAUGUCAAGGUUGUAGCGAAGAGCAAAAGAGAAGUGUCCUUUGGACGUGUAUCCAUAUAUUGUAUAUUAUUAGUGUCUGAAUGAUUAUUAGCUUCCGAUAUUUUUUGCGAUGAAGCCGUCCGCUUUUAUGUUCACUUCCCACUGAAAUGAAC